UCAAACCGGCGAGCGCGCGCGCGCGCGAAACCAUCGCUUCGUCCUGUCGCCGUCAACCCCGUGGCAUUUUCGGGGUUCCACUCCGCCCAGUGGUUGGUUGGCUGGCUUGCGCUGCUCUGCGCGCGCGCGCCCUACACUCACUCGCUCAGUCGUCCCCGCCGCAGAGCGCAGCAGACGCUCUCCUGCCUCCUGUGAAGAGUACGAACACUUUCGUCCAUGUUGAUCGUGCACCGGCAGUCGCGCGUUUAAGUUCAACUCACAGUUCGGGGAUGGAAUCGACGUCGGAGGAAGUAGUGGCGUCCUCGACAGGACCGCAGCGUAGCGUCAACGGUGCCGUCAUCGCUGUCGUCGUCCGCUUAACGUCGUCGGCGUCUGCUGCUGCCCGGUGAGAAGAGGAUCGAAAAAAAGAAAGUCGCUCCUCGGGGAGGUUCCGAGCAGCAGCGCGCGCCGCAGUGCUGGCGGGACGCUUCUGGCGCUUAAAGGUCAAACUGCGCUCGAGUCGUCGGCGUUGUUGGCGGGUACGGCCGGUCGCUUGGUCGACCGGACGGACGGUUAGGGCGGAUUGUCUGUGAACGCUUUUCGACGUGGUUGGAUACGACGGCGCCGGGCAGACGUGAUGGACAAAUCGAAGCAGCAGGCCACGAUCCACAAAGUCCGUGAACUUCAGCUAGAGGCGGUCCAGAUGGAGGAACACUAUGACGUAAUCAAGGAAAUUGGCUCCGGAGAUUACGGCAAGGUUGUGCUGGCGCGACACCGCGAGACGGGCUCGCAGGUGGCGCUCAAGGCCGUGCCACGUGCAACCACGACCCUAAGGGACUUCCUGAUCGAGUUCCACUACAGCUACUUCCUCUCGCCGCACUCCAGCAUCCUGGACACGUACGACGUCUGCUUCGAGACGCCCGAGCACUACUACUUCGCACAGGAGGUGGCGCCGUACGGAGACCUGUGGCACGCCGUCGAGUACUACGGUGGCAUCGAUGAGCGCGACCUCAAGAUUGUCCUCAGGCAGAUCAUCCCCGCCCUCGAGUUCAUGCACAGCAAGGAGCUGGUGCACAGAGACGUCCGAGCCGAGAACAUACUCAUCUUCAGCAAGGACUUCACAAAGGUCAAGCUGACCGACUUCGGGCUCACGAGGAAAGCCGGCACGCUGGUCAAGAAGCGGACGAGAUCGCUGCCCACCUGCCCGCCCGAGAUCUGGGAGGCUGUCCACCUCGAAGGCUACACGGUCGAGCUGGGCUCGGACGUCUGGCAAAUCGGCAUGCUCAUCUUCUCCUGUCUCACUGCGAGGUUUCCCUGGGAAAAAGCCGACAUCACGGACGGCCGCUUCAACGAGUUCCUCGACUGGCAGAAGCGCAAGACGACGAGGACGCCCCGGGAGUUCAAGCGGUUCACUCCGCGACUGCUGCGCAUGAUGCGGAGGCUGAUGGAACCCAAGCCCACCAAGAGGUACCCCGUGACGGAGGUGAACAAGUACUACGGCGACCGGUGGCUCAUGGUACGGUCGCCGAGGACGUCCAAGGUCUCCGAGAUCUGGGACACCGCGACGGCGGCGGCCGUGGCGGGUCACGAGAAGAAGCUGGGCGACGAACUGUUGCCGGAGUACGGCAAAGAGCAGCGGAUCCAGAACUGGAUCAUGUCCGGAGCCGAGGGCCAAGCAAAGGAGAGCCAGUAGGAAGUCACACGCCCGAGGUGGGCGAUCACGGCCAUCUGGCUGGGAUGAAGACAGGGAAAAAGCCAGCAGGAAGAAGCCGCACCAACCUAGUGGCAGCGGCCCGGACUCGUCCAUCCGGAUGGACGAAUCCACGGCGAGUCACAAAAACAAUCUAAGCGUAAUCUACUUUUCGCGGGCUGUGGUACUUCGAUGUGUGCGGAUUCUUAGGGCAGAUAAGAGUGCGUAGCUGUACAUGGCCGGCACGUCUUUCAUGUGAAGCUUAUGGGGAGAAAGGGUGUGUGUAAUAGGAUGUUGGUUGGCUGCUUAGCUCGGCUUAGCUGGCUUUCGGUAAGGCCAGGAGAGUAGACGGACAAUAUGAAUAGUUGGCAUCUGACGAAGCUGAGGAUAAGGCCUUGAAGAUCUAUACUGUGGACAGGGCUGAAGCGAUAGUUAUGGUCAUCGGCUUUGCGAGUGCGGUGCUCGGGGCCGGCACCUUUGAGUUGUGCCUGGCUGCUCGCUGUAAUAAUAAGGACAUUCGUCGCAUGAGCAAUGCCUGCGCUUCGAACCAGAGGUCCGCGAUGUGCGAAGAGAAAGUGUGUUGCGCAUGUCGUGGAACGCCUUCAGGAAAAAGUAUGACGACGAGAAAUCUCGCGGCUCUCCCGAAAGGAGCUCGAAGCGAGCCACCAACUCUGGAAGCGGUGACAACACAUAACAUCAAAACGCCCCGGCCAUUGCUCUUCGCAGGACCUAGACGUUACACAGCCGAGGAAGAACGAUGGCAAACAAAUGCAAGAGGUUACAAGGGGCACUACAAGAAACGAUAAGACAGUGAUGGAUAUAGCCGUGGCACGUACACCGCAAGAGGCAGCCAUAAUGUAACACAAACAAUGGUACAAACAAAAGGUUUUGCCAAAAAGUGUACGACACCGAGAUUUAAGCAGCAGAAAGCACAGAAGCAACAAACUCCGAAGACGGGUUGCUAAAGUUAAUUUCUUGAGGAAGAGAGAGCAGACGUUCACGGAGCUCACGGAAAGUUUCAUUUGUCGAGGAUUGAGUCACUCGGCAUUUCCAAGUGCGAGAGCGUCGGUACAUCUCCAGUGACUUCAUCCGUUAAGAAAGUAUUUCAGCGAUUAAGAAUGUAACAAAAAAUAAGAGUCGCCCGAAGCAGAUGUACGAAGAAGACAGAAGGAUGUGUGGUCAUUUGUAUAAGACUUCGCUGACCACUGCUGCUGCUGCUAUUGGCAAUGAUAAGGGUGAUCACUGUCUAGAAAGAACAGCUUUCAUAUGUUUGGAGGGCCUCACCGAUACCGCGGUAUAUUUGCACCACCUCGCGGACUGGUAACUGGAUGUCUCGUCACACAUUACGCACCACCGCUGUGGCGUUUCGUCUUCCAAGAUCAACCUCUCUACCGCAAGUAAUAAUGAAAGUGGUGGUGAGCGUCUGUUUUCACCUUUUUCUGGCUCAUUUGAUGUUGAAAUAGAAGACCGAAAUCUCUGGACGUCCCUUAGACGUCUCUGCUUCGGCGUAGUAUACACGUCUACAAGAGGUGGCUGCAGCAGACGAAUACAAAACUUCUUAUCGUCUGCAAGCGUUAGCCUCACGCGACACUGCAGGAAAACCUGUCUGAUACGGUUGGAUCAUCGAGCAAGGGACGGGAGCGACAGAGGCGCCACGUCGCGGCACUUGCUCGCUCCAUUGGCACGGCGGGAAGGGUUGUGUGGUCGAUCGCCUGCCGUGACACAAAGAAACACUGACGUCAUCACCCACUGACGUCAUCACGGUGUGGUCUUCAAAUAACUCUAUCUAGACAAUACGAUGAGUGCAGUACGAAGUGCGCGGUGGUGUCUGUCAGAAAAACUGUAGCAGUUGUAUGCCUUGGUGACUAAUGUGACGUGUGUUUCGCUUGCUCCGCUGAGAUGUGUUCGCCGCUGGUGGAUGCCGCGUUAGUCGCAAUGAAUGUCGGGAAGGUUCGCGUUAAGACUUCCAUACAUGCAUUCAGCCAAGAUAUAAUGCCACUGCAUAGUGUUCAAAACGACGCUGAGGUGGGAAGAGCAAACCCUGUUCUCUUGUUGUUUUUUCUCUCAGAAAUUGCCGUCAGUGACGAUAGUAUUCCAUAAAAGCGAUUCCAAACCCAUGUUCUGUUUCUAAAUAAUUCAAGGACAACUUUCAGUAAUAACGAUAGAAAUCUCCAAAUGGGGCCCUUGCUUUAGGAACUUACUUUGACUUAGGCAGCGAUCGCUAUUAUGUCCUUCGAUUCAACUGUUUGCACGUUUCCUGUACGAAAUGUAGCAGUUCGAUAUCAGGCUCUAAGUUAAAGCUGUACUGUAUCUGCCCCGUAUAUAGUUAAUGCGGUGUAAAUGUAAGAUCCCAAUAGCCCCUACCCCGAUCCCGUUCACAACGUUUCCUUGAGUAAGACUGUCUACAAAACGGUUCAGUGCGUGCGUUCGUGUUCCCACCUCAUGCCUUACGCUUAACCUAGUCCUGACGGUUGCGCGAAUGUUGGCUCAUCGUUAAAUAAUAUCGAACGGAUUACCCUCUAUCCCCCCCUCGCCAUGUUAGCGUCCAAACUUCAAUGAAACGCUUCAUUUAGUUCAAUGAGCGUAAUUUUAAUCAAUGCACCUAAAGACCUCAUUGUGAACCAGUUACAACAGGCGGCCAUAGAAGCAGUGAAGUCUUUGUAAAAAAAAACAGCUGAGGUCGUUCUCCCGGUGUUGAGUAUUUCCUGCAGGCGUCAGGUCGCACACAUUAAAAAAGAAAGAGAACGUGAGGCAGUGGACCUGCAGCUUCUAUAAAUUAUAGCCAUGCACGUAUGAUACUGACGUACUAGGACACUGUCGAGUAGAAGGACGCCACUAACGCAAGAUGGUGUCCUUGUACGUCCUCUGUCUGGUGGAUGGUAGAUGAUAUCCUUCUACAACGACACCAACAACGCCAAACGGUGUCCUUUUACGUCCGCUGGUGAAUGGUACAUGGUGCCUUUCUACUCGUCCAUGUCCUUGUUCGCCAGCGUCACGUUACGUAACUAUAACAAAAACCAACUAGCCCAGCUGCUUGUGCUUACCUUUUCUUUUUUUUUGAGGUUGAGAAAAUACUUACAGGGGUGGACGAGUAUGUAGACGUGGUCUUAUCGUAUAACAAAUAUCACACACACCAGUAAAACAAAAACAACUAUAUUCCAUAGCCUGCAGAUGCGCGUCUUUGUGGACAGCGACCACAGUGUUGCCGAAGAUGACACGACAGCGAGUUUUUUCGACAGGUUUUCAUUCAGUACAAAACUUGGGCGCACAGAUGAAACUCACGCGCGCAUUGUCUUUUUUGCGUGGAAAAAGCUAAAUUUUUACUCGGCCCCACAGCCGUUCGAGGUGUGGUGGUCGAAAGCAUAUUUUUUACCACGUCGACGUACCUCUCAAAGUUUUUUGCCUCGUCGCGUUCCCCGCGAACACCGUGUGACGCACUACAAGACGCUCACCCAUGACUCACAUCAGGAGCCUUGAAUAUACUUUUUUUUGUGUGUUUCACUUCAUGUAUUGAGGAGAGCAGCGGGCAUUAUCUAUCAUUCUGUAAGGUAAAAGAACAUUACCAUAAUGGCUAUGUACGGAAACGAAACUUUAAAAAGUCGUAGUUAGUGUAGACACCGAUAGUUUGACUGUACAGAAAAUAUUGGAGAACGGGAGAGGAUGUCGUUUCAGUUUGGCACCAGUAUUUCGACAACGCGGUGCAUCUUCAUGUCCUGGCAGAAUCCUACAUAGGAUUCUGCCAGAAGUGGAGGCUUUCCUAAGACGCUUGUUUUUGUCACGACGUUAACGAAGACAGUUUCUUCAUACAAAAGCAUUCAUCCUAAAGAGAUGGCCUUUAGGAAGGCAUGAAAUCUUCGACAGAACCUUCGAGAUAGCAAUUCCUCUUUACAAUAUUCACAUUUAACAAACGCGUUGACACUUUUGUAGUAAAAGUAUUCGGUGGCGCGGUCUUCCACCAUCGAAGACCCUUACACCAUCGAAGCAGUCUUGGUGGCAACAAUCCCUCUUUCUUGAAAUCUUGACUCUCGAAGGUGUUGUCGUGAAGGCCUAAUAACACCGCUGGUUGAAGAUCUCGUCUGUUGGCGAAAUGUUCGGCAAAGACGCAACGCUGUUGUCGAAACGCUUGCGCACAGGACGCUAAAUUAAAGAACAUCCGGUUCCCUCGUUCUCCUUUAUUUUCUGCGCACGAUUUCACCUUUGGAAUGCCACUGCGGGCCGCAGUACGCGAAAGGCUACGUGAACACAACUUCGCCCGGACAGUGGUACCAUCUUUCUAAAGGCAAAGGAACGAUUCUGCAGUCAUUAGUACUCAACCUAAAGCGACUUCACCUUCAAAAGAGCAAAGACAGCCUUAUACCCUAAUGGGUUUCAAUUCUUUACCGAUACGGUGUACCAGCGACUCGGCUUAAAAUAGUAUAAAAUACAGGUUUAAAAUAGUUUAGAAGCUGUGGGAAUCAGAUUCAGUGAAUGUAGAGUGAAUCUGGAUAGGAGUGAAUUUGGAUCCAGAUUCACUGAUCACGUGGGUGUCUUCUCGCCCGCUCGGGUGUACAUGCCUUAAACUACAAACCCUUUUCCGAAACGUGGAAAUCUCUAACUAUACUCUCUUUCCUGUUUUCAGAAACUCGUUGUUCACGCACAUACAACAGCAGCUGCACAUUCAGAUAUAUUUUUCUCCACUGUGCUAACCAUAGCUGGCAAAUGUGUUAGGCUUAAUGAGUUCAUGUGUAGAGUGAUGUAUGGCGCGUGUAUUAUUCCUGUAUGUACUGCCUGAAUAGCGAGUGUGCCCAGCAGUAUAAGACGAAGCAGUCGGGCUCAGUCUUCAAGUAUUGCGAUAUUGUAGACUUCGUGUCUUCUCUGGCGGAAGUUUCGUAUUUGAUGUCGUGGAGUUCGGAUCGUAUUACUCUAGAGCCUUCGUGUAGAGAGACAAACCGUUCAAUGUUCACACUAUGCCCGUCAUUAACUGCGUUCCGUCGUCCGCUAUGUCUAGAAUGCGACGUACACAACUUGCACAAGACUACUACACUGUCCUCAACUCUCGUUGUGGUAUAGCGAGACCUUGCUUCUGGUGUUUCUUAGUUAAGUUUCGUGUUUCACAGAGGAAACAAUAGCACUGCACCGAAACAAAAUAACGCCCUUUUACAGGCGCCCCCUCGCGGAAUGUAAUUUCGAUCCAGUUUUGAAUGCGAUCAUAUAGACUGAAUGCUUAAGAGGACUGAAUGCAAUCCGACUUUGUGUUCGCUCCACACGCGUACUUCCACGCGACGCUCCUUCUUGUCUCCGUGGGGAGUCGUCCUUCAAUACUUCGAUUCUGGGAGAAAACUCGAUUUAACGAUGUCAAUGGGAUACGAGGAUUUGACUGCAUAGAGAGCUUCGUUAAAUUUGAAUCACUUAUACAUUCACGUGCGCUGUACUCAAAAGCAGGACAUGACGUAAUUGGAGGCAGCCUAUGACACUUAUCCCACUUGGGAAGAAGGUGGCAUCAGUGAAGAAGGUAUUUUGACAAGCAAUUAUUCUUUGAUGAGGAGUGCCUGGUAAUACAUAGACCUCCGAGAUCUGGCGGCAUGGUGUCCUUAGUCUCGGGGACAUGUCCGGGCGUUGGGUGACGCUACUUACCACGCAAACGAAUUAUGUUCAGGUGGAGCGUCGAGUCGAAGCACGCUUGUGGAGGACGUAUGGAAGUUUGACUCAGGAAAAGCGUGUCACCUUCCUUGAAUCCUCUCGACACUUAUGAGUUUCAAUCUGUAUGUACCCCACCCAGACGUAUGCGCACAACUUCAGUGUAGCACAACCGAUGUUUCUUUUCGACCUGCCUGAAGAUGGCGUGCAGGCACUGCAGUGCUGCCAUCUACCUGCCUCAACAUUAUUCGUGCCAUGUGAGGUUCACUCCUUGCGCGUCUCACCUUACUUUCCUCACACAUAUCAGACACACGACAUUAUUUCGUUCGCGUUCCAUUGCGAAGCAAAAAAUAAAAGAUAUUUUUUGGAAAUGCGAACCGCAGUCUCGAGAUGAUGGUCACCCAGCCCAAACAUAUGAUGUCGUUGUUCUAAGCGACACGUGCCUCUCUACAAACUAAUAACGUGUCUUAAAUAAAAAAAGAAAUGUAAAGGUGUUCGGUUUUAAAAGGGGAAGGUGGCUCUCUGGCGAAUUAUCCUAAACAAAGAGUGUUUGUUGUCGGCUGUUUGUAUUUUUUCUCUCGUGUUUUUUUUUUUCUCUCGACUGGUGUCCGUAUGUACGGAGAUUGCACACGAAGGUGUUGUUGAUGUUGUUGACGUCUUUUGUAUUUACUCGUCGUGUAUUUAAUAAAAACUUGCCCGAUGUGAGAA